AUGGUGCAGGGUCUGGAUCCACGCUUUGUGCGCUUCCCGGACUUGUAUCGACUGUCCGAUUUCCACAUUGGACCGAAGAAUCCUCGAGACCACCAAACACGCAACUUCAAGGGCGGCAACAUGCUGCUGCUCGUGCAUUCUCCCGACCCCGAGGGAAAGUAUCAGCAGUUGACAUUCGACGGGCAAGAGAUCAAAUCGACAGCGAACAAGUCGCUCGUUCCUGACGAGCCUCAAGAAGAAAACGAGUUGAUCGUCUACGUGGGAAACGACAAGAUCGAGCUGGACAAGGAGACGCUGCACCAGCCCAACAACGACGGCUGGACACCUCUGCACGCUGCUUGCCACAUGCUCACGGCACAAGAGGCCGGGAUCGCGAUCCUCAAGGAGCUGGCUGUACGCAAAGCCGACCUGAACGGAGUGACGCGCCGGGGUCCUGGCUCCUUCUCGUGUGGCUGGACGGCGUUGCAUAUCGCCUGCGCCUACGGCUUGGAGGCGCUGGCCAUCAAGCUCAUUCGUGCUGGAGCCAACGUGAACACGGUCAACACGGUAGGGUGGACUCCACUCUACGAUGCUUGCCACCGUGGAUACGUGACCAUCGCACAGGAACUUCUGCGUGCAGGAGCCAAGCACGAUGUUAUUUGUCCUGAGUUCGCGUUGUGCCCAUUCCCGGGGCAGAUGCCACUAGCUGAGGCUGCGCGUCAAGGACACGAAUCUACCGUCAAGACGCUUCUGGAGUGGGGUGUUAGCAAGAACGCGACGAACAAGCUCGGGUGGACGGCGCUGCAUGAGGCUGCGUAUCAUUCCCGAGUGCCAAUUGUGAAGAUGCUGGUGGUCGAGAUUCGCGUCAUGCUUGAAGAUAUUGCGUCACAUCUGCCAGCCCCGUCUUCUCCGUCCCCUCCGAAGCAGACUGAAGCAGCAGCCACGUCCACACUUGACGAUGUACCAGCGUCGACCAACAAGAUAACACCAUUGUCGCGUAAAGAAGAGUACGAACUUCUCGGAGACUUGCCGAGCUUGAACGCUAUCACUAUUCAAGACGCUGACGUUGUGGACGACGAUGAAGAAGAAGAGGAGUGCGACGCCAAAUCUUCUGCUGCCGACUCACCGUCUACGGAGAAACCCAAGAAGAAACCCAAAGAUCCUUCCAGAAAGAAGAAGAAGAGGAAAUCGGGCUCUCGAGAUAUUCCGCCUGAGUACAAAUGUGCAGUCUCUCUGAAAAUGCUGAAACAUCCAAUGCGAUCACCUUAG